UACAGAAUGUGAAAGAAGCAUCUAACUACCUGUCAGCAGGGCCGCAAUUCAACUAGAGAUCUUAUCCGGCCGAGACUCUGUUAUUCUACAAUAUGACGAGUGUGAGCUAUUUCUUAUAAUUUCAAUCUAUAAAUAUUUCCGCCUGUAUGUGACAAGUCAUGAAAAUCUUCGACAAGAGGAGGAACACAAAUUUGUGGUGAAAUGCGCAAAAUGCAGAAGGCAUGGUUCUACAAUGAGUAUGGAUCUCUGGAUGUUUUGCAAUUUGGGGAUUUCCCUGUGCCAAAGCCAGGGCCUGGGCAGAUUCUGGUUAAAGUCCGCGCAGCUGCUCUAAAUCCUAUGGACAUCAAGCGACGAAAGGGUUUGUUCCGGAAUAAUGACUCCGACUUUCCAGCUGUGCCGGGCUGCGAUAUGUGUGGAGUGGUUGAGGAAGUGGGCGAGGGUGUGAGCAAGUUUAAAAAGGGCGACGAGGUUUACAGUGACAUUCAGUACUUUACAUCCGAGAAGCCCAAGGACUGCGGUACUCUCGCUCAGUACACAGUUGUGGAAGAAGAUCUCGCCGCCCACAAGCCAAAAAAUCUGUCUUUCGAGGAAGCCGCCAGUUUGCCGCUGGCUCUGUUAACUGCCCAGCAGGCCUUCGACGAAGUUAAUUUUCAGAAGGGGUGGAGCGUCUUUAUUGUGGGAGGCGCUGGGGGCGUGGGGAGCCUGGCCAUUCAGCUGGCAAAACAUGUGUACGGAGCUUCUAGAAUUGUUUCGACUUGCAGCACGGGGAAAGUGGAAUUUGUUAAAAGUCUGGGGGCAGAUCUGGCGGUGGAUUAUACCAAGCAGAGCUACGACCAAGUGGAUGAGAAAUUCGAUUUUGUUUUGGAUACCAUAGGUGAGUCGAUGAAGUCUUAUGUGGUUGGCAAAGAAUUAGAAGCUCCGAUCAUAGACAUAGCAGCGUUGUAUGAUCAUCAUCCGAGUGCUAAAUAUCUCUUUUUUGUACCUUCAGCCAGCAAUCUGGAGAGGCUUCGCGAGUACAUAGAGAGUGGAAAGCUCAGGGCAGUGAUCGAUCCCAAGAGCCCGUAUGCGUUUUCUGAGGUUUUGGAAGCUUUCAAGCACCAGGAAAGUGGCCGAGCAAGAGGGAAGAUUGUUAUUUCCCCCAUUGAGUGAUCGAGAUUUUCAUAUAUCCUCUGAAUUAUUCUAAACUGUAAAUUUCCAGGAGUGUGUAUAUAAAUAUCUAAUCUAUUACAAAAUUUAGGGAGGAUGGACUAUUAGUUGGGUUGAGUUUUAUAAGAACUUGUGUUUUCGGUGGAGAACCUGUAUUCUUGAGUGGUAGAGAAUUUGUGCUUUUGAAAGAGAGGUCACAAAUUCAAAUCUCAUAAAGGGGUAAGGUAUGUACGCCUCCUUUGUAGUGUGGUUAGGUAACUCCCCCAAAGAGUACAAGGUAGUCCCAUAUUACUCUAACCCAUCUAUUGCUAGCAUCGUGGACUAUAAAAGACCAUUUCUUUUUUUAUCA